AUGCUAAAUGAGCCAGUGACGGAUUUACGUUGCUGUCGAACUGAUUGCGCUGACCGCGUAUUUAUACUUUAUAUUUUGUUGAAAGAUGAUGCAAUUCAUCACGAAUAUAUUGGUAUAAAGUUUUUACAAUCGAUCACCGCAUCUUCAUCACGGUUUUCUUUAGCAGCUGUUUCGCAGCGAUCACUUCUUUCAACUCAAUCACCCCUCAAUGCACAACAGCAACAACCACAGCAGCAAUCAUCAAGCACAAGUUCAUCGACAACGAUUGAUUUUAUAUUGUCAAGCGUCGACCAAUUAGAAACCGUUAAUCGACCGUCUGCUCAAGCUACAACCGAUUCAUUACCACCUACGACCGUAGAUCAAGAAGAACUCAACAGUGGAGCAACGGAUAGCAACACAGUUAGUCAAGAUGACUCCACCUCAUCUGUAAAUGGUCGUCGAGAAGUUCGAAUUAACUACAAUGUUAGUGAUGAAAAAAUGUUAGAAAUUAAGAACAAGGUCGAUAUGAUGCCCACAUUGGUACGUGAAGCACUGUUGAGUUAUUUCUUAAAAAUAACAAAUGGGGUCACAAACAACACAAUUUUGGUCGAACAUUUGCCCGAUAUCAAUAAUCGACCAACUCAAUCCUCCAUUUCAUUUGUCUCACAACAUCCGAGAGCAGCAACGACCACUGAAAUCGUACCACCUGUUCCAUUCUCGUCCACGAUGUUACCAUCCUCAGCAUCGAUGCAGGAGAGACGACAAAGAACAGCAUCUCAAACAACACAAACGGGAGACGGAAAACCUAAUCCACCAUCACAAUCGUCAACCAUACACAAAAGCGGCCAUUAUCAAUUAGUGAUAUCAGCCGACAUCAGCCCGAAGACGAAUCACACAAACGACGGCGAUUACCACCAGCAUCGAGCCGAAUACAAAAUGUAA